UAAACCCUCCCAAACUCAUCAGUCCUUCCUCCUCUUCACAGAGCUAGGGUUUAGUAUCAAAAAAAUGGCGACUCGCUAUCUGACUCGUUCUCUACUCACUGCCUUCACUCGCUCAUACACCUCUAUUGCACCGCCGAGCUCGUUAUCUUCUUUCUCUCUCCUCCGUCUGCGACCCCUUAUCGCCGUCGCCGCCAAUCUAAAAAACGCCUCUCCGCCGCCGACGCCUUUUGCUGUUCGAGGGUUUGCCACUCGGCAGACCUCAUCGUCGCUCAAUGACCCGAACCCUAACUGGUCGAAUCGACCCCCAAAGGAGACGAUUUUGCUUGACGGUUGUGAUUUUGAACACUGGCUUGUUGUGAUGGAGAAGCCUGAAGGUGACCCCACUAGGGAUGAGAUUAUUGAUAGUUACAUCAAAACUCUUGCGACUAUUGUUGGAAGCGAGGAAGAAGCAAGGAUGAAGAUAUAUUCUGUCUCAACCAGGCAUUACUAUGCUUUUGGUGCCCUUGUAUCGGAAGAACUUUCCUACAAACUAAAAGAGCUGCCCAGGGUUCGUUGGGUGCUUCCUGAUUCCUAUCUGGAUGUUAGAAACAAAGAUUAUGGAGGGGAACCUUUUAUCAAUGGGCAGGCUGUACCUUAUGACCCUAAGUACCAUGAGGAGUGGGUGAGAAACAAUGCUCGUGCUAAUGAGAGAAACAGGCGAAAUGACCGACCUCGUAAUUUUGAUAGAUCCAGAAACUUUGAGAGAAGAAGAGACAUGCAGACUAACCAAAACAGUCAGAACCCUGGAUCCAACAUGCCACCGGGGGGCCCUCCCAACAUGAGGAAUCCACCGCCUCCCAACAUGGGCGGGAUGCAGCAACCUAACAUGGGCGGGAUGCACCAGCCGGGCAUGGGAGGUCCACCCAACAUGGGCGGGAUGCAACAGCAGGGCAUGGGAGGUCCACCCAACAUGGGCGGGAUGCAUCAGCAGGGCAUGGGAGGUCCUCCCAACCCGGGCGGGAUGCACCAGCAGGGCAUGGGAGGUCCUCCCAACCCGGGCGGAAUGCACCAGCAGGGCAUGGGAGGGCCACCCAACCCAGGCGGGAUGCACCAGCCGGGCAUGGGAAGGCCACCCAAUGUGGGUGGGAUGCAGCAGCCAAACAUGCCACCACCAAACAUGGGUGGAGGGCCUACCCAUAACUAUGGAGGAGUGCCAAACAGUGCACCCAAUUUCCAAUACAACAGCGGAUCAAACAGUGGAGGCACACCUUACCCAACAGGUCCAGGGCCAAACCAGAGCUACUCUCCUAAUCCAUCUGAUGGAAACCCUUAUCAGAAUCAAAACAUGCCUGGAAGAGAUAUGCCCCCUCCUAAUUACCGAUAAGCAGAUGUAGAUAAUAAGUAUGAAGUUCUUAAUGCUAGGUUUUUUUUAUUUUGCGAAGUAAUGUACCAUCUUAUGUUCGGUUGCACGAUUUCAUCAAAUGAUUACAUAUCUGAGUGCUGUACCAAAAAUAAUUCAUAUUUUAUUUAAGUGCCAUCACCUUAUUAGAAUUGCUCUAUUUGCUUUA